AAAAAAAAAAAAGGCAAACAGACCAGAGUCCACCUCACAGCCCUCCUGGUCAUGGUCCCCAGUGGUCACUUCUACCUUGAUGUCUAACAUCAAGGAUUUCAUUUGGCUGCAUAUGAACUUUAUAUAAAUGGAAUCAUACAGCAUAUGUGAAAGCUUAUGAGAACUUUAAAAACAUUUGAUAAUGUCUAUGAAAGCUGAGGGGCAGGCAUUUAGCCUAGUGGUUCAGGUGUCCCUUACUGGAGUACCUGGGUUUGAUUCCCAGCUCAGGUUCCUGACUCCAGAUUUCUGCUAAUGCAAACCACGGGAGGCAGCAGUCAUGGCUCAAUUAGUUUGGUCCCUGCCACCCACGUGGGAGGCCUGGAUUGAGUUCUUGGCUCCCACUUUGGCCUCAGUGUAGCCCCAGACAUACAGGCAUUUGGAGAGCCAACCAGUGGAUGGAAGCUAGCUUGCUCGCGCUCUCUCUGCUUCUGAAAUAACUGAGUAAAACAUUUACUUUGAUCAGGAUGAUAAUGAGGCUGCUACAGUCCUCCUAGAAUGGCUGAGACUAAGCAGAUUGACAACACUAAGUGUUGGCGAGGACGGGGAGGAGCAGGAACUCGCAGACACUGUUGGUUAGGGUGUAAAAUGGUGCAGCCGCUUCAGGAAAACAGUUUGAGGUCCUCUCUUUAUGCCUUUCCCAUAUGCUGGUGCAAUUCUACUUCUCGGUUGUUAUAAGGAACGAAAACAUGUUCAUACAAAGACUCAUCCAGCAAUUUCACGGCAGCUGUAUUUAUAACCACACCAAACUGGGAAAGAACCCGCGCGCCUCACUGGUGAAAGAGAAGCUGGGCUUUGCCCGUGCCAUGGAAACACCACUCAGAAAUGGGAAGGAACAAGACACUGAUACAUAAAAUGACUCUCCAAAACAUCACAAAGCAGGCAGAGUGUAGACACAAAACAGUUCCUGCGUGGGAGUCUGUCUCCAUCAAGUUCUAGAACAGACAACGUACAAAAAGAAAGUGGAUUAGCAGCUGCCUGGGGUUGGGAGUGGGGGAGGCUGACUGGGAAGCGGCACAAGGGGGAUUUUUCUGGGUGAUAGAAAUGCGUAUUUUUAUAUAUAAAAUUUUAUUUUAACUAAUUUAUUUAUUUAAGAGAGAGAGUGAGCUCCUCCAUUGGUUCACUUCCCAAAUGCCUGCCCUGGCUUGAGACAAGGAGCCACAGAUGCAAUCCAGGUUUCACAUUAUUUGAAAGGCAGAGAAAUAAAGAGCUCCCAUCUUUUUUUUUCUUUUUUUUUUUUUUUAAUUUGACAGAGUUAUAGACAGUGAGAGAGAGAGAGAGACAGAGAGAAAGGUCUUCCCUCCAUUGGUUCACUCCCCAAAUGGCCGCCAUGGCCAGCACUGCGCUGAUCCGAAGCCAGGAGCCAGGUGUCUCUUCCGGGUCUCCCAUGUGGGUGCAGGAGCCCAAGCACUUAGGCCAUCCUCCACUGCCCUCCUGGGCCACAGCAGAGAGCUGGACUGGAAGAGGAGCAACCGGGACUAGAAUCUGGCACCUGUAUGGGAUGCCAGCGCCGCAGGCAGAGGAUCAACCAAGUGAGCCACGGUGCUGGCCCCAAGAGCUCCCAUCUACUAGUUCACUCCCCACUCCCUAAACAGCUGGGGAUCAAUCCAAGUGCCCCAUGUGGCUGGCAGGGAUACAAUUACUUAAUUCAUCAGUGCUGCCUCCCAGCCUCUGCCUUAAUAGGAAUGCUGGAGUAAGGAGCGGGAAUUGAACCCAGGUACUCUGAUGUGGGGCUCCAGUGUCUUAGCUGCAAGGCUAGAAGUCCACUCCCAAAAAUUUUAACCUCGAUUAUGGUAACAGCUACACCAGUAUACACGGUUAUCAGAACUCAUCUAACUGUGCAUUUUUAAAUAAGAUCAUUGUAUGUAAAUUAUGCCUUCAUAAAGUUGAUGUGCAAGCCUAAAAUAAUAAUACGAAUAAGCAUAAGAGUAACAAUACUCAGGACUCUCUAAAUGCAAUAAUAUCCAAGGUAUAUUAAGGGAAAAAAGCAAGCUGCAGGAAAAAAAAAUGUUAAUAAGAGAACAUGGGUGGCUGUUUGACCUGGUCGUUAGAACAGCAGUUAAGAUUUUUUCCUCCCAGCUCCACUCCUGAUUCCAGCGUCCUGCUAACACACACACUGGGAGACACCAUGCUGGCUCGGGUACACGGAUCCCUGCCACACAGGGGAGACCUGGAUUGAGUCCCAGUCGUGUGGAUCUGGAGAGUGAACCAGCAGAUGGGAGCCCUAUGCCUCUCAAAUAAAAAUUAGCAUCCCUCCCUAUUUAUAUCUAGUACCCAAACAAAUCUUCAAAACCAGAAACGUGCUACUGGGGCCGGAGAGUCCACGACUUCGUGCACCUGCACCCUCUGGUCAGGCUGGGGACCAAGGGCUGCCCCUCACCUUGUGUCCAGCCACCACUUCACCUUUGCGGCACAGAAGACCACGGCAUCCCCUCGCCCUAGGCUGGCCCGCGAUUGGCCGGCGGCCACACCUGCCUGCCACUUCCCUCCCUCCCCUCUGGGACCCCCGCGCGGCCGUCUCUGCGCCAGGCGCGGACAGAGGUUGCCCAGGAGGCCUCCGCGGGUCGAUCCCUGGGCAGAUCCAACGCGACAGGUGGAGCCCGACCGCCAUCUCCGUCCACCCGCCCCUCGUCCGCCACGGCCCAGGACCUUCCCUGCGGUUCCCGCCCCGGCCCCACCCUGCAGCGCCACGCGGGGCUAUGGAGACUGACGGGGCGGGACGGCGCGGGCUGGACUCACGCCCUACCCCGCCCCGACCCGGCUCUCUCCCCUCGACGGGCGCUGCGGCCCGGGGAGGUCGCCCCUGCCGGCCAGGGUCUGGGCUGGGGGAGGGGCUGCGGGCCGGGCUGGGGACGCAGAGGGUCCGGAGGCGGCGGCCCCGGGCUGCGCGGGACGUGAGUCCGCCGCGAUCCGGCUAGGGCGGAGCUGAGCCGGCAGCCGAGAGCCGAAGCUCGGCGGUCCAGGCGCUCGCAGCCAUGGGCAGGGGCUUCCAGAGAGCCUGGGGGUUGCCGGUGCUGCUGCUGCCGCUGUUGCUACUGCUGCUCCUGAGGCUGGUGCCGGGCGCCCGGGUGCUUCAAGGAUACACCCCUGGAGAGCCAGCCACCCCUGGUUGGGUCCUGGAUGGACGACCCGGGCAGGUGAUCACCCUGAAAGAACCGGUCUCGACACUGGAUGCAGGGUUAAUGACCUUGGAGGCUGAAGGUCAGGAGCUCCUGCUUGAGCUGCAUAAGAACCAGCUGCUGGCCCCCGGAUACACAGAAACCCACUACAGUCCAGACGGUCAGCCGGUGGUGCUAGUCCCCAGCCACACGGAUCACUGCCACUACCACGGGCACGUGAGGGGCUUCCCCGGCUCCUGGGUCGUCCUCAGCACUUGCUCCGGGAUGAGCGGCCUGAUCCAGCUCAGCAGCAAUACCACCUAUUACCUGCGGCCGGGAACUCCUGGGGACUCCAACGACUUCUUCACCCAUAGGAUCUUCAGGCUCCAGCAGCUGCUCACCUGGAAAGGGGCCUGUGGCCACAGGGACCCCCAGGAGAACGGGGACAUGGCCAGCCGCCCUCGUGCCCCCCCGAGCAGGGAGCGGCGCAGGGUCCCCAGGGGCCGGAGGUACCUGGAGCUGUAUUUAGUGGCUGAUCACACACUGUUCUUGAUCCAGCACAGGAACUUGAACCACACCAAACAGCGUCUCCUGGAGGUGGCCAAUUAUGUGGACCAGAUUCUCAGGACCUUGGACAUUCAGGUGGUGCUGACCGGCCUGGAAGUGUGGACUGAGCAGGACCAGAGCCGCGUCACGCCAGAUGCCAACGCCACGCUCUGGGCCUUCCUGCGGUGGCGCCGGGGCCUCUGGGCACGGCGGCCGCACGACUCUGCACAGCUGCUCACGGGCCGCGCCUUCCGCGGGGCCACUGUGGGCCUGGCACCUGUCGAGGGCAUGUGUCGCGCCGAGAGCUCCGGAGGCGUGAGCAGGGACCACUCGGAGCUCCCCAUUGGCGCUGCAGCCACCAUGGCCCACGAGAUUGGCCACAGCCUUGGCCUCAGCCAUGACCCAGACGGCUGCUGCGUAGAGGCCGCGGGAGAGCGGGGCGGCUGCGUCAUGGCAGCGGCCACGGGGCACCCGUUCCCGCGCGUGUUCAGCGCCUGCAGCCGCCGCCAGCUGCGUGCCUUCUUCCGCAAGGGGGGCGGCGCGUGCCUUUCCGACGCCCCGGAACGCGGGCUCCCGGCGCCACCCGCUCGCUGCGGCAACGGAUUCGUGGAGGCGGGCGAGGAGUGUGACUGUGGCUCCGGCCAGGAGUGCUCCGGACCCUGCUGCUUCGCUCACAACUGUUCGCUGCGUGCCGGGGCAGAGUGCGCCCACGGGGACUGCUGCGCGCGCUGCCUGUUGAAGCCGGCAGGCACGCUGUGCCGCGCGGCUGCGGGCGACUGUGACCUCCCGGAGUUCUGCACGGGCUCUUCUCCGCACUGUCCCCCCGACGUUUACCUCCUCGAUGGCUCACCCUGCGCCGGGGGCCACGGCUACUGUCGCGACGGCGCCUGUCCCACGCUAGAGCAGCAGUGCCAGCAGCUCUGGGGGCCUGGCUCCCGUGCAGCCCCGGAGGCCUGUUUCCAGGUCGUGAACUCGGCAGGAGACGCCCAUGGGAACUGCGGCCAGGAUGGGGAGGCCAGCUUCAUGCCUUGUGCACAGAGGGAUGCUCUAUGCGGGAAGCUGCAGUGCCAGGGUGGGGAGCCAAGGCAACUCCCCCCCAACACGGUGCCCGUGGACUCCACCGUUCACCUGGAGGGCAGCGAGUUGACUUGCCAGGGAGUCUUUGUGCCCCCUGAUGCCCAACUGGACUUGCUGGACUUGGGCUUGGUAGAGCCAGGCACUCAGUGUGGACCUAGGAUGGUGUGCCAGGACAGGCACUGCCAGAACAUCACCUUCCAGGAGCUGCAGCGCUGCCUGCCUACCUGCCACGGGCGUGGGGUUUGCAACAGCAACCAUAACUGCCACUGUACUCUGGGCUGGGCUCCCCCAUUCUGCGACAAGCCAGGCUUUGGUGGCAGCGUGGACAGCGGCCCUUUGCAGGCUGGACAUGGCGAUGCCUUCCUGCUGGCCAUGGUCCUCAGCUUCCUGCUGCCUCUGCUUCCCGGGGCCGGCCUGGCCUGGUGCUGCUACCGGCUCCCAGUGUCCCGUCACCAGCGACGCCCCUGGGGCUGCAGGAGGGACCCCUCGUGUAGUGGGCCCAAAGAUGGCCCAGGUAAGGACCACCCCGUGGAGUUGGCCCCUCUGCCACUGGAGAGCCCCAGCCCCCAGGUGAGUGAGCCACAGGAGGUGGGGUGGGGAGGCAAGGCUCUUGGCCUCUGCCCCCUUCCAGAUGGGGCAGGGCCCCUCCUCUGCACUUGGCACUCAGCCACCUUUGAGCCUUCUGUACUCCCACGCUUCCCCAGGGACUCCCGCCCACUGUGGACACUGUGUUUGCUCUCUGUCAUUGCUCCCAGGCCGUGAGAACUCUGCCAGAGCCCAACAGCCCAACAGAGAGACCAGUGCCAUGUAGGCCCACCUGACCCCCGAGGUAGGGGGAGCCCUGAUGCAGGACACCCCCCACUCCCAUGACCCAGUCUCCCACCCCUUCAUCCCUCAGCUUGUUACUCCCUACUCUGAGGUGUUGGAUGAAAUCUAUGGGAGAAGCUGUUGUUAUGGAGACCAGGAUGCUGGAAGCCCCAGGAGUGGGGGUGGAGGGAGAUGGGGCUCUUCCUGGUUGUUGGUCUUCACUAAGGACAGGGGCGCCCCAUCACAUGAUUUGCAGCCUGGAGCCAGUUCUUCCCUCUUUCACCUCAUUCUCAGCAGGUCAAGUCCAGAAGCCAAGAUCCAGUCUCUGGGGAGAGGUGGCUCCUGAGUGUGGACUCUUAACCACUCCAGGAUCUUGGACUCCCAAGGGCAGGACCAACGAGUCAGCUGACCUCCUGUACUUGCAGGCAGCUUGGAAGCGUCUGCUCUCACUUGAGCCCUGCCUCACCCACUCGAGGGCCUGCCCAAGAGCCUCACCAGAGUCCAUCCAGUGGUAUCCCUACCCCGUGAGGGCUGCUGGGGUCCACAUUUCACAUGGCACCCACUCUUCCCUGGGCUCUGGCCUCUGCAAACAAGCAAAGAAGCAAACUCUUUGGGCUUUUCUUUCCCAUCUCCUCUUGCCCCCACCCUAGUCCUCCUCCUCCUCCCCAAGAUUGUGGAGGCUGGGGCAUCUCCUGCAGCCCUGCCCUUAGACAUUACCCUGCCUGCCCCAUCCCAUGGGAGGGGACAGAGGGAGACACUUUAGAAACAGACUAGAAGUCAGAAGGAAGAUAUGUUGCCCUUGGGCCUCUGUGAGCCUUUCUGUGCAUGACCUGAAGCCCCUGGGGCACCCUUUGGGUAUAGGGCUGGUGGCUUGGGUGGGGUUGGAGUCUCCCUUAAUAACCAGGACUUCAAGCUCAAGUCUGGGCCUAGGACAGCAUGCCCAGUUUCAGUAACCCCUGAGCCUGCGUCUCCUGACCUUCUCAUUCUCUUGUUCUUGCUUCAUGCAAGAGUUGUUGAAGGGUGGGCUUUUGUAUCAGGCAGCUGGUACUACAAAACCACCCCAAAACAUGGUAACUCAAAACAACAGUUCUGUGAAUGGGCCAACUCAGCCAGGCUCCCCUGCACGUUUGCAGGCAACUGCCAAGCAGGCAGGCCCCUGUGCUCUGGACCAGGCUGGCUGUGGGCUGGGGCAGCGGAUGCUGGGCUUGUGCCUCUCGUUUUCCAGCAGGCUAGCCCAGGUUUGUUCACGUGACAGCUGGGGAAGGUUCUGAGAGAGCGGGUCCAGGAUGUGGAGGAGCAAGUGAGGCACUUGGUUUGGAAGCAAAAUUUAAGGGGACACAGAAAAGUAAUCAAGAUAAAUACCAUCUUAAUGCGAUAUUUUAAAAGGUCAGAAUUGAUGCAAAAAUUCAUGAUGAACACAAUAUGAAAAACAGAACUCAGUUCACGAUCAGUCACAGUCCUGUCACCCAGUUACGUCCCUGCUGUGUCAGGGUCUUCCAAGAUCACGUGACUGGCACCUUCGAUUUCCAUGGGGGGUCUCUUGGCCCAAUCAAAUCACAAGUCAGGUUGGAUUCUGGGGAUGGGGGAAAAUGCCACCUCUCAUCGGGAGCAGUAACGAAAUCCUAUCCCAGGGGUGUGAAGAACUGGAGAAUUUUUGCAGCUUUCACUCCUUCCAUUGGCAGAUUUAUUAUAAUUCCAAUAAACAUCCCAGCAUGUUGUUUUUUUUAUGA